ACCACCACACCUUCCCCUUCUCCGGCGGCGGCGAGCGGCGAGCGGCCAGCCAUGGUGCACGUGAGCUUCUACCGCAACUAUGGUAAGACCUUCAAGAAGCCAAGGCGUCCGUAUGAGAAGGAGCGUCUUGAUGCUGAGCUGAAGUUGGUGGGUGAGUAUGGCCUGCGGUGCAAGCGUGAGCUGUGGCGUGUGCAGUAUGCCCUUAGCCGCAUCCGAAAUGCGGCCAGGGAGUUGCUCACCCUGGAUGAGAAGAACCCCCGCCGUAUCUUUGAGGGCGAGGCACUCCUCCGCCGCAUGAACCGCUAUGGUCUCCUUGGUGAGGGUCAGAACAAGCUUGAUUACGUGCUUGCACUCACUGUUGAGAACUUCCUCCAGCGCCGCCUUCAGACCAUUGUCUUCAAGAAUGGCAUGGCCAAGUCAAUCCACCAUGCACGUAUCCUUAUCAGGCAGCGUCACAUCAGGGUGGGAAGGCAGCUCGUCAACAUUCCUUCUUUCAUGGUGAGACUCGAGUCUGAGAAGCACAUUGACUUCUCUCUCACCAGCCCGCUUGGCGGCGGCCCUGCUGGAAGAGUGAAGAGAAAGAACCAGAAGAAGGCCUCCGGUGGUGGUGACGACGGUGAGGAGGAAGAAGAGUAAGAGCUCGGCCGUCUUGCCUCGUAGGAACUUCUCUCAGCAUGAACUGAUUGAACCGUCAAUUGAGCUUAGAAAAACUUUUAGAUGGUGGCAGUGGGGGGUUGUCGUUGAGUCUUUUUACCUUAAUUCAGAGCCCUUCUUUGGGAGACAGUUUUGAAACCGUUGAUUUAUCCCUCUCCGGGUAAACAUGUGAACCCUAAUUGACACUCAUGUUUAAUUUAAAGCCUUGUGGCAUCUCCAGAACAUGAUCAAAUGUAUGUACGUUUUUUGUCAGUGGCAAUUGCAUAUUCAGGCAAAUCGAGUCCUCUCCAGUGAGAUUCACACGAAUUUGCCUGUGAGAUUCACUCGAAUUUUGUCAACCAAAAAGGACUCGUCCU